AAUCGUGCAAUGAUGUACGUCAAGUAGUGACUAUUUGGAACUUUCGAGUGAUGUGGUUUCAAAAUGGUUUCAAGUCCAUGACAAUAGUUGGGUUUCUCUUGGCGUAAAAGAAACAAUAUGUCCGAUAAAACGGAACCUGGCGAUAGAAAAGAAGAUUUUCUUUAUUCCAAGCAUGUGAAAUUUUUCAUUCGAUGUCUUAACGUACUUCCAUCUUCCUAUUCUUCCUUGGAUACCACGAGGUUAACUGUUGCAUUUUUUGCUCUAUCUGGACUGGAUAUUUUGAAUGCAUUGGAUAGGAUAGCAGAUGAUAAAGAAAGUUACAUUAACUGGAUCUACUCACUGCAAGUGUUAUCUAUAAAAGAUGAAAAUAUAAAAAAAUGUGGAUUCAAAGGUUCCUCGACUUUACAUUUGAAGGGUAUUGAAGAUUUCAAAAGUCCAUAUGACGGUGGGCAUAUUGCCAUGACUUACGUCGCUUUGGCUUGUCUACUGAUUCUUGGAGAUGACUUAUCGAGAGUUGAUAAGCAGGCAGUGAUAGAGAGUUUAAAGUACUUACAAAUGGACGAUGGCAGCUUCAGACCGACGGCGGAAGCGAGCGAGAACGACAUGAGAUUUGUUUUUUGUGCAAGCUGCAUCAGCUACAUGCUCAAUGACUGGAGCGGUGUGAAUAUUGAAAAAGCAGUUAUUUACAUAAAAGAUAGCUUGGCGUACGAACAUGGCUUUGCUCAAGGUCCUUUCUUAGAAGCAGUUGGUGGUACAACUUAUUGCGCGCUCGCAUCGUUGGUCUUAAUGAAUCGCCUCGACACCACAUUCACUAGUUACCGGUUAGAGAAGAUCAAAAGAUGGUGUAUAUUUCGACAGAAGUCGGGAUUUCAUGGUCGGCCAAACAAGCCUGUGGACACUUGUUAUUCUUUUUGGGUUGGCGCUUCAUUAAAGCUUCUACGGUGUUUCGAGUUCGUCAACGUGGAGAGUAAUCGUGAAUUUUUAAUGUCAACUCAGACCCCGGCUGUUGGCGGUUUCAGUAAAUGGCCAGACGGUCAUCCAGAUGCGCUUCAUUCAUACUUUGGUAUCUGUGGACUGGCUUUGAUGGACGAACCUGGCUUACUUCCGGUUUACGCACCGCUGAACAUCAGUGAACGAGCCGCCGAUCAUUUACACCAACUACAUUGGUCAUCGUAACUGUACUUGGUUUUUGCUGGUCCGACUCUUUUGCUCAAGAGGUGGUUGUGCACGUUGUCAUAAAUUAUGGCCAUUGAUUGAAGUUGACGAAAGCGAACAUGAUUGCUAACUAUAAUUCGCUGCAGUUUUCAACACUCGUGUCCUUCAAACGCUGCGGAAUGUUAUUAUUGAAGAAAGCGACGGAUCACCGGAUGUGUACAUUAGUUGAAUAACCCUAUGUCUAUGUUUGUUGAAAUGAUCGUAAGUUGAAUUCUCUGUUUCUUGCUGACUAUAAAUACGUUCUGUCAACUUUUCUAUCCGUCUUAAUCAAUCGAUCUUCAAUAUAAACAAAUCUGCUUGUCUCGCUAUUCAAAAGUCGUCGGAGUUUAAUCACUGUCCUGAAUGCGUGGUCGUACAUCUAUCUGCUUUGUUGAUCGUAUAUCUGAAAAACAUAGUUGAAUGCGACAGAUGCGGCUGCGCCAAAAAGUACCGAUUUCAUUGUCAAAAUAGAGAUAUGAAAAACUUUUUUUGACGAAAUUUUACUUGUUCUUCUAUAUUUUCUAUUAAAAACAGAGGCCAUCUUGAUUUUGUACGUGGCACCAUUUUUUAUGUAAAAUGACAAAUCUGCUCUUCUGUUCAAGGUUAAUUACAUUGCUCUCAACCAUUGAUGUAUUAUAGUAAUUAUUGCUACAAAUAAAAUUAUCGCUUUUUA